AUGCACCUGGCUCUUUCCUUUUUCCUGGCAGUGGCCGCGGCAAGUGGCGACGCGCAGUCAUCCAACGCAGAUGCGACGAACCUGCUGCAGAUGCCUAACCUCCCCUCGCAGGAACUUCUGUCCAUCAGCUCCGUCGGCACUGAUUCGGCAGCCGAGCUCUCCCGAACAACGGAGGAGGCCUUGAAGCGUCCUCAUCACGACUAUGCGGAGAUCGAGAAGCUGGGCUUCACAUCCGCAGACGAUAAGUGGAGCAACUCGCCGGCGAGCAGCUCGCCAGUGGCAAACGAGCCAGCCAAGUUAGACAAGCCAGUCGAGGCGAUUGUGACUGGACAGCACAUCGAGAAGGCCUCUUCGACCUCAGAGACGUCGGUCAGUAAGGAGGAGACAUCUGCGAACAAAAAAGCGGAUGCCACAACCUCGAAGUCCAAGAAAGCCAAGAAGAAGCAGCUCAAGAAAGAGCGCGAGGUGGCCCAGGCAAAAGAGUCAAAAGAGGUUACGAAGAAGUCCAGCCACAAGGAGAGUCGUGACCACAAGGAGAGUCCUGCCACGGCGCAGAAGCAUGCCAGUAAGGAAGCUUGCGAAACCUGGCUCAAGGAGUGCCGCACCGACUUGAACGUCGAAGCUUGCAUCAGCUACAAGGGCGUGUGCUUAGCGGCCGGGGACACAGCCGCCAUGCAGGAAGAUGAGGCUGUCGAUGCAUCCGGCGACACCGUGGAAAGUCAGGGCACGAGCGUGGUGGGCAGCGUGAGCGAGUCUGGGGUGGCUGGUUUCGGAACCGACCGUGAUCCAGCAGAGGUGUCAAGCCAAGCAUCUGAAGGGAGGACCGCAAAGACGAUCUCAAAGGUUGCAGAGACAGAGGAGUCAGAGAAGGCACCAUCGGAUGAGGCGGAUGAGGCGGAUGAGGCUCCAGAGUCUGCCCCAAGUCCCUUCGGCCUGCCCAAAGAGCUGCCCGAAGCCGAGGAGCCUUCAGCUGAGCCUGAAGUGCCUGAAGCACUCAGCGAAUCGAGCGAAGCUAGCGAAGCGGAGGCAGUGGAGGAGCCAGGUCAAGAGGCCGAGGAGGCCGAGGCCAGCGAAGUGGAUGAGCCAACAGCCGAGGAGCCGUCUGAAGAGGCAGAGGAGCCUUCGGCUGAAGAGGCAGAGGGCAGCGCAGCCGAGGAGGAGCCCUCAGACGAGGCAGAAGCCACUGAGGUGGAGGAGUCUUCCGGACAGGCAGAGACCAGCGAAGUGAAGGAGCUCGCUGCUGAGGAGGAAGAGGCCAGCGAAGUCGAGGAGCCCUCAGCUGAAGAGGCCGAAGUCAGCGAAGAUGAGGAGCCGUCUGCUGAGGAGGCAGGGGCCAGCGAAGUCGAGGAGCCUGCAGCCGACGAGCCGUCCGCUGAGGAGGCAGAGACCAGCGAAGUCGAGGAGCCGUCUGCUGACGAGGCAGAGGCCAGCGAAGUCGAAGAGCUUGCGGCCGAGGAGCCAUCUGCCGAGGAGGAAGAGGCCACGGAAGUCGAGGAGCCGUCUGCCGGGGAGGAAGAGGCCAGCGAAGUCGAAGAGCCGUCCGAUGAGGAGGCAGAGGCCAGCGAAGUCGAGGAGCCUGCAGCCGAGGAGCCGUCUGCUGAGGAGGCAGAGGCCAGCGAAGCCGAGGAACCUCACACAUCGGUUUCGCAACCAUUUGGCUUCACAGUGGCACGCCACUCCGUCACUUCAGGCUCGAAGAGCUCCAGGAAGGUGACAAAAUCGCGAAAAACGACAAAGUCAACAAGGCCGGUCACGUCUUCGAGGUCAACCAAGUCGAAAUCCACCAAGACAAGAUCGACGAAGUCCAGAACAUCAAGCAAGUCGGCUGUGAAGGCUGAACCCCUCAGAGAGAGCAGUGAAUGGGCUUUCGAGCAAAAAGCCAGUACGAUCACGAACAACGAGAAGAUCGGCAUGCCGAGCACGACCUUUCAGCUGGGUGGCUUGGACGCCCUGGGUGCUGGCGCGGGUACACUUGGCCUGGCUCAGAGAGAAGGUGAACAUCAGCACCUCGAAACAGCCAGGGCCAACCUUUGCUCGUGGUGGUCGAGAAUGUGUGGCCAGGUUGCCAACGCCGACGUGUGCGCCAAAUAUGUUGGCAUCUGCGGCUGA